CCCAGCAGUAUAAAUAAGCUCCCCCACCCACCCAACAGCCAGCUCAAACAAACAGACCUCCACAUCCACACCUUCUCCUUUGCUCCCCUUUCUCUAACCCUCUUCUCAUCCAUCCAUCAGUAUCCUGCCUUCUCUGCUUCUUCUUCCCGUCAGUCAGGCAGACCAAUUGCUGAAGCUCAAGCUCAAGUGCUGAGCUGCGAUUAGUUAGCAGAGAUGAAGAGCAGGAGGCAGCAGCAGCAGAGCGUAGGAGUGACGAGCAGCGACGGAGGAGGAUGUAAUAAGAUGGAGAGGAAGGAUGUUGAGAAGAACCGGAGGCUGCACAUGAAGGGCCUCUGCCUCAAGCUCUCCUCCCUCGUCCCUGCAUCUCACCACCAUCACAACACCUCUUUCAACUCCUCCUCUCCGCCAUCCUCAAACUCCAAGGACGCGGCGACGCAGCUGGAUCAGCUGGACAGCGCGGCGGCGUACAUCAAGCAGCUCAAGUCUCGCAUCGACGAGCUGCGGCGCCGCAAGCAAUCCCGCGCCGGCAAUGGCGGCGGUGGCGGCUCGUCGUCCUCCUCCGGCAACGGCAAAGGCAACGGCGAGAUGCUGCCGGUGGUGGAGGUGCGGCAGCAGGAGAACGCGGCGGUGGACGUGGCGCUGGUGAGCGAGGCCGGGAAGCCGUUCAAGCUUCACGAGGUGAUCGCCGUGCUGGAGCAGGAAGGCGCCGAGGUCGUCAGCGCCAGCUUCUCCGCCGUCGCCGACAAGAUCUUCUACACCAUCCACUCCCAGGCGCUCUGCCCACGCAUCGGCCUCGACGCCGCCAGGGUCGCCCACCGCCUCAGAGCACUCGCCGCACCCUGAAUCAUACAAGAUCAGAUCUGAAUUUCUUCUUCUUCUUCGUUGGCGGCGAGAGGCUGAAGCAAACCACCCAAGGGGGAUAUGUUAGUUGAGCUAGUGAUUUAGUUAUCAGGAAAGAAAGGAGCUUACUGCUUUCAGUUUCUUGGUUCUUUUUUCAUCACUGGGAGGACUUGGUUGCUCUGCGUCAUGGCAGGUUGCUGUGUUCUUUCUGUGUCGUGUUUUGUUUGUUUCAGCUUAAUUAGAUAGCCCCCUUGUGUUCUUGCCUUCUUGGGUCUUGGCUGGCUGGUUGGUCUUGUCAGCUUCAGUUUCGAUCGAGAUCUAGCGUAGUGCCGUAGUUGUGUAACACUGAGGAUGUGGAGAGCUUGAGAUCCUAACGUUCUAGGUUUUCAGGAAUUUGUGUACUUUCAGAAUCUUGAAUAUCUAGUCUUCAGGAACCGGGUGAUCAAAUAAAAGAAAAAUUCCUGCAGU